AUGACUCCAAAGUGGCUGUUCUUUAUUGGGCUCCUCGGUGCAUCUCGAAUGCCAUGCAGCGGGGCCCAAGAUGCAGGAUACGAUAGGAAAGCCCUACAGAGUCUGACAGAGUUCAGACAACUUCACAGGAAGACGGUAGACGGCCGCCUUUGCGCAGCGGCUUUCGUGCAAGACGACCGCACGUACACAGAUUGCACAACUGCGCGUAACCCAGAGGGCCUUUCUGGCAGAGAAUGGUGCUACGUAGAGGUUCAACUGCUAGGAAAAGGUGCCCGCGACUGGGACUACUGCCAAGAGGUCGUAAAUUAUGAGGCUGUUCGCGUCGCAUAUCGGCGUCUACAGUUCACCCUCAGAAAAUAUGAACAGCGCAUGCAGAUAAUUGAAGACGUUCUCUCAGGGUCCAAACGGGCCUUCGAGGAGUUGCAAGCCAACCUUUCGAAGGUCCGCGCCCUGCAGGCUGUUGCUGCCCACGUCAUGGAAGACGUGGAACGAGACGCUGACGAGGCUAGCAAUAACCGCAAUAAUUGUUCUGCGGUCCGCGGCUACGAAGACGAGCCUACGCCAGAUGGCGUUCGGGCAACUUUCUUUAGCAAUCCGUUUUUCCGGGGGCCGCCUGCUGGCUACCAGGAUGACGCCACGAUUGAUUUGAAAGUUGAGGGUUCCUCACCCUUUCCGGGGGUUCCUGUUCAGUCUUUUUCUGUGCGAUGGGAUGGAUACCUUGUACCGACGGUGUCAGACAGAUAUCGUCUCUUCACAUAUGCGGACUGUGGAAUUAGAGUAUUUCUGGACGACUCCCCAAUAAUCGUGGACCGCAUGCCUGCACCAGAAGAAAGCGCAGCUUUCUCGGAAGAUCCAGUGCAGCCAUUGCCCCCCUCCGGCUUUACAGGGGUUGCGAAAAUCUUCUCCAGCCCGCAGGAUCUUAAAGCUGGCCACAGACACCGCCUUCGCGUGGAAUACUUCCACCUCUCGUCUCAUAAAUACAAGAACCCAGAUUCGGCGCGAGCGGUUCUUGGGUGGACUUCGAAUACACUACCUGAGCAGACAAUUCCGCCGGAAAACUAUUUCCAAAGCGAUUCUCCACCUCUUUUGAAAAUUGCGGGUCUUCCUGGCAAUGAUUAUGAUCUGUCCACCCUUGAUGACGGCCAGCUCGCAUUCAUAGACUCGGGUUCUCACUUUAUUGCGGAUGUGCCAGCAUACUACAGAGGCCUCCGUCUCUUGCGCACGCAAAAGCAUCCCAAGAACACGACUGUUCACUUUGAAGUAUCAGCAGAGUGCGUGGUCUUUGUCGGGGUUCCGAGGGGAGCCGUGCCUCCGUCUGCCUCUCAGCAGCUCGUGUUUCAACCAGUGAAGUUCGCGGCCGUAGACAACGCCAUAAGCAUAUACUUUGCAUCAUCUCGUGACGUAAGGCGUACAUUGGUUGUAACUACGGCUGUGUGUGUGCUGCCACAUAGAAUCGAAUUGCAGGUCAAAGCCUCAGAGCAGCAGCGAUUCAGUAUAUACUCUGCAAGGAUUCUCCCAGGCUUAGUGGCAUUCGACGUGCCCCCAGCGCAACACGAUUGCACUGCGGGAUUAUCGGGAAUGAACAUGGACAUGCCCUUUGGCUCCUGGAGGACUCCUCCCGGCCGUUCUGUGGGCGAAAACUUGAUGGUCUCAUUUACGGUGCCGGUGGAGCUUUCUGAAAUGCAGUUCAAGACUUUGGAUGACCCAGCCACUUGGCCAACGGAAAUUGCGGUGGAAUUUCCAGGGACACAAGAAACGCUGAAGUUCCCCGUUACCCCCGGAGAUCAUACUUACCAAUUUACCCCAAGAGUUGUGCGGGGUGCAAAAGUCCAAAUAAUCGGCAAUAGGACCCUCGACACCUCCGCGGGCACUGGAGGUUCAGUGGCAUUUAUCGGCAUCCCCUGCAUUCAGGCAAAAGAAGAGGAAAAAGAGGAUAAUGGCGAGAGCAUUUCUAUUUCCUUCGGAGAAAUGACUUCUAGGUUUAUUCCAGCAGGAUUUAAGCAAGACGAUGGAUCACCAAAGGCUCGCCGCGGUGCUUUUGUGUUCGGAUGGGAGCACAAGGCUCCCCUCUUCCAUCCGGGAGACUGCAAGGAGAGUUCCUCCAUCAAAAGCGGCGUCUCCUUUCCGGAGCCAAACUGUUCUGCAGCAGACCACUGCUCUCCUUUUGUGGACUGUGACUACCCGAAUUCAUGGUCCAUUGACAUGCCAUCUUUGGGGACCUAUAUGGUUACUGUGGAGGUUGGAUCACCGUGCGGCGAAGCUCGCCUGACCAAUCUCUUUGUGAAUGAAGUGGCCUUCAUUAGCAACCAGCUGCUUCAUGCCGGACAGUACACAAAGGCCGUGGGGCAAGUCAUCCUCCUUGCCUCUCCCAUAAUCAGACUGACAGCUACAACCAGGGUGACGCUCCAGGCCGUAACCAUCGAAAAGAUAAAGACAAAGAAAACACCGAACAAGCAGCCACACCAGCCGCACCACGCACAACAAGACAAUCCGGCAGCCAAUACGACCCCAACAGAAUAA